UGGAACGGUAUUGUAAUGUAGAUCACUUCACACGAGUCUGCAGCAGGUCAGAAGGUAAAAAUCCCGCACCUGCGCAAGUCUUGCGGUUCCCCGCGGCGCAUCUGCGCUGCUAUUGGUCUGACCAUCAGAGGACUGAAACAGACUGCGAGGGUCCUCAUAAAUAGGACAUCAGUCCAGCUGGACCAGCAAACAAGAAGCUCACUGCAGACACACACACGCUUUUUCUUCGAGCUGCAUCCCUUGUUGUGGACUGAUCAUGAUCCUGUCCGCGGAUGAAGCGGCUCAGCACGCGGUGCCCUCCUCUGAAGAAGAAAUAGACAUUGUCGGGGGAGAUGGAGAAGACUUUUUCCUUCCAUGUCGGGACACAGAUGACUCUCCGGCGGAGUCCAGCGCGGAGGUGGACACUUCAGAGGGUGAUUCCUCCGGGGAGAGCGAGGUCACGACCCCGAGCCGUACAGCGAGCAGCUCGGUUAAACCUCCAUACUCUUAUAUCGCUCUCAUCACCAUGGCCAUCCUGCAGAGCCCCAUGAAGAAGCUCACUCUCAGCGGCAUCUGCGACUUCAUCAGCAACAAGUUCCCCUACUACAAGGCAAAGUUUCCUGCUUGGCAGAACUCCAUCAGACACAAUCUGUCCCUCAAUGACUGCUUCAUCAAGAUCCCUAGGGAGCCUGGAAACCCAGGCAAGGGCAACUACUGGUCUCUGGACCCUGCCUCAGAGGACAUGUUUGACAACGGCAGCUUCUUAAGGAGGAGAAAGAGGUUCAAGAGAAGUCGUCCUGAAUUUUGUAAAGACGGAUUGGUGCUUUAUCCCGGCGUUGGUGGUCGAUCCUUCGGAAGGCCUUACUGCGUGUCAGGCCGUCCUCUAACACAGCCUCUGGGAUACACACCGUGUCCGUAUUUCCCCUAUCAAAGUGUGGCUGAUGUGAAGGGCAUCCAAACCGGGGAGUCUGGUCCUCAGGCGCGCCUCGCUUUCCAGGAGCCCCGGGGGCCCGAGCGCCAGAAGUGCCCGUUCUCUAUCGACAGCAUCAUGGCGAGAUCGGACUGUCCCACACGCAAAACUCCUGUCCUCCAGCUUCCAGUCGAUUAUGGACAUGUCUUUUCUCGCUCAGCCUCAUGUGUGCUUCCAGGUUAUCUUCCAGUCACAAGGACACCUUUUGCUUUGGCCACUGUGCCCUUUACAGAAAACUUACCAAUGCCCUAUCCAAACUGCUGAGCAUGGGCAUGCGCAUGGCACAGACUGAUUUCAUUCACUGAUUUAAAACCAAUUUCAUGGUGUAGCACAAAAGUGUCUUUUAUUUGCACAUACAGCGAAUCCCAGCUGCCUUAUGCCUCCCAAAAAGCAGUUUUUACACAGCUUUAAUGUA